AUGACUGACAUUGACAAACAUGUAGAUGUUGAUUCGAUCCUCGAGAAUUAUGCCUGGAGGAUGUUCAAGGAUUCACUUGGCUUCAAGAAGUCAGGGCUAGAAACUUUCAAGCAUCUGGAGAGGGAAGAGGCCGAAUUCAUAAUUGUGAGUAAACAGUUUGUUGCUUCUAAAAGUACAACUUAUAAAUCGACAACAAAUUGGUUUAGGAUCGACGAAGGUUAGCUCUGUUCCACGGAGACCCAGACUACAAGUCGAUGCAAUUGAGUGGGGCUAAGCCCAACACAAUAUUCAAGUCAGUUUUCACCAACAAUACCUCUCAGCCUCAGGCAUAUUCCCUGAAAACUGAAAGGACAAGUGAAAGCAUCGUAGGAGUUGUUCGAGAGCAGGGUUUCACAAUCGGCGCUGAAGCAGAGUUGACUCUGAAGACCCCUUGUAAGUUUACAGAAAUUAAUAAUCCAUGCUGCACAGUCUACUGCUAUCUCAUCUCUUUCUGCUUUGCGUAACGCUUUAAAAUUCAAAUUGUGAAUGACUCUUUUGUAGGUGAGAUUGCCGAGUUAAAGACGGGAUUCAAGUACGAGACCCAUUUUAACAAUCUAAACGAGACUACGAAGAGCGAGAUACUCUCAUGGGCCGUGGAUUCCAAUAUUAUGGUACCUCCUGGGGCUCAGACCGAAGCCGCGAUAGUAAUCGAAGAACUGAAUUACAACGGUUCUUAUUCGCUGACCUCAACGUUAUCGGGAAUGGUGACAAUCAUCAUCAAAAGACUCAAGGAUGGAGCCCUAGUCCUUCCGGUUACAGCCAACAUUGCCACUAUUUUCCAGGUACGAGUAAUCCAAAGAUAUUAGUAUUUUUAUUCUAGGACUCACUUACACAGAACUCAAAGAAAUUUCAACACGUUGUUGUUGAAGAUAGGAAGGUGAAGAUUCAAUCGAAGGGUCAUUGCCAUUUCCAAGUAAGGUUAUUUCAUUUGAUUAUUAAAGACGGAAAUCACCAUGUCAAAUAAAAUUUUACGUUAUAGUUUGCCAUGAAACAAUACAUUGAGCUGAAGGAAUUGAAGACACCCAGGGAUAUGUCCAAGGAAUAUCAACGAAUGAAUCUUCAAGGGAUAUAA